UCUCUGAAUGUUUAAUUUUGUUCAAGCUAAAAGUUUUACUUACACUUUAGAUUUCCGAUAAAACGUAUUUCUACAAGCUUUAUUUCAUUAUAUACGUUAACUAUGUACAUCACACUAUCUCCCAGUGAGAUCCGCUAUACUCAAGAUUCUAUUGCUUCAUGCUUCCAGAAUGGAAACGAUAUAGAAGAUCUUAUUUUAGAUAUUAUCAAUGGUCAAACCACACCUGACAAAAUUCGAACAAUCAGAGUUUUCUUUAAGGAUGGAAAAUAUUAUAGUGAGGACAAUAGGAGACUUUACGUAUUGAAAACAGUGCAAGAGUUAAGUGAACCAUACUUGAUGGUUACGGUUAAAUUAACUUCAUAUUUUGAUUUUGAAGAAAAUAAGUUCACUACUACGAAUGACGGUUUAAGAAUAAGAGUAAGAAGAAAUAGGAAUGAUGCGAAGAAACCAAGGAAUGUGAAACGCCCUCUAUCUGAAUACUUUCCGAGCCUUACCUCUGGAGGUCCUACGAAAACUACAUAUGCAAGUCCCAGAACUACCCCUGUAAAAGCUGCUAAAACUAAAAUAACUUAUGAAGACUUUCCGAGCCUUACCUCUGGAGGUCCUACGAAAACUACAUAUGCAAGUCCCAGAACUACCCCCGUAAAAGCUGCUAAAACUGAAUGUAAAAGAAGUGCCGGAACUACAGAUAAAACACUUAUUUGUCAUAGCGAUAUAUUACCUUCAUCAUGGAGCCUUACAACCGAUGACGCUUCAAGUGCUACGAAUGUUCCACCUUCAAUUUGCAUAACGCCGAGGCCAAGUGCUACGAAUGUUCCACCUUCAAUUUGCAUAACGCCGAGGCCAAGUGCUACGAAUGUUCCACCUUCAAUUUGCAUAAAGUCGAAACCAAGUCGUCUAGAGAAACUAUCUUGUUGUGUAAUUCUUUAAACAGUUACUCUGAUGCUACUAACAAAAAUCAAUAUCACUUUUAAUUUUGUUAAAUUCUGCCUGUUUUACGUUAGGCGAAAAUGGAACUUACAUUUAAAUCUUCUACAAUUUAAUUUUUGUGAAAUCCCUUCAUAUUUUUACGGAUAAUAUCUGUAGAUAAACUUAAAACUAUCUGAAACAAAGGAAAAGGAGAUAACUAAAUAAAACCCCUACAGAAGAGGAACAUCAACCACGUCGAAUGCGUUAAUCUUGGUAAGUCUGUGAAGGCCGUUUCCCACCAGAUGAAAUCAUAACGGAAAAAAAUGAGUUUGUUAUAAUAAUACUGGAUAUGAGUUUCCCUGAAUUUCUGGAUUUAUCUUUUUCAUAUAUUUGUCAAGGUUUAUAUACCUACGGACUAAGUCAUUUGGUAUCGACUAAUUGAAUUGGUGUUGUAUUCUGCGCUGUGCUUAUGGCCGAAAUAUUUAACUCUUUGCAGCUCAGUAUAUGUAUAUAUUUAUUCCUAUUUAUCGGAAUGGAAAAAAUCCGUGAUUGUCCUUCUAUUAUAAUUCAUUUCCUUCUAAAAUGCAUUACAAGAAUAUUGACUCAACUUCAGUAUUUCAUUGAUAUUCUAUUCUAUCAACCACGAAAAUGUAGACGGCCAAAUUGUUCCUGACAGAAUUUGAACUCAAGAACCCUAAGGGACGUAACUAAAUAUUUUAUCCGGGAUUUAUCUGAAUUUUUUAAAGAAAGGAAAGUAUGUUUUGAGGGAAGAAGCGAUUGAUCUGCUGUAUCAUAACUUUCAUGGGGGUGUUGAGCCAAUUGCAUUUAUGCAGGUAAAUAAUGUCAUCGUUGUCGGUGGCGGCAAUCGUAAUCCAUCGGGGUCGAGAAUGGCAGCUUUUAUGGACCCGUAUGUAACUAUGUAGGCUAAUGCGGGCUGCAGAAUCGGUUAUUUAUUGAGGCGCUAUGUUUGUUGCUUAGCACUGCAUUUUACGCUCACAUUUUACAAUCAGAUGCUUGUUUCGUGCCGAGGCGAUGUUUUGGGCUUCAUCAUGGCUGAUGCUUUCCACUUAUGCCGUUCAUUCGCCAACGAUCCCCAUCCCCAUUCGUAUAAUAUUCAUGCCACAUGUUUUCGCAUUUCAAUUUUCUUUAAGUACAAAUACGUUUUUGAGCCGCUUUCUUUGUCCGACUUACUUGGGUUUCCUUCAUUCAGUUGCGACUAAGAUAGUUGUUAGAAAAAUCCAUGGCUUAAUAUUCGCAACACACAUUGAUUCAUUCACUCUCCCCACCCCUUUCUCUCUGUCUGCCCUCCUCUCUCCCCACACUGCAACCUCCUUGACUGCAAGCCUCUUGAUUAUUAUGUGUGGGACGCAGUUGAGCGAGAGACCAACAAAACUCCUUGUAACAAUCCUUGAACUGAAGGCAAGGAUUAUGGCAGCAUUUACCAACUUAAACAAGGAGACCGUCCAGAAGAGUUGUAGGAGAUUCCGAAGUUGUCUGCAGGUCGUGGUUGAAGCUAAUGGGGAUUUUAUUGAAUAAAUUUACUCUAUAUUUUU